AACCUACUACGCCCUACGAUCAAGAUGCUGUCCGGCAUAUUGAUAUUCAAUCAAAAGGGAGAGAACUUAAUCUUCCGUGCUUUCCGAAACGACUGUCGGCCACGCCUUGCAGACGUGUUUCGAAUACAAGUGAUCUCGAAUGCCCAAGUCAGAUCUCCCAUCCUUACUCUAGGAUCCACGACCUUCAGCCAUGUCAAGCACGAGAAUAUAUACCUGGUAGCGAUCACGAAGAGCAAUGCCAAUGCAGCGCUGGUUUUUGAGUUCCUAUACCGUCUGGUUGCGCUGGGGAAGGGAUACUUCGGGAAGUUCGAUGAGGAGGCUGUGAAGAACAACUUUGUGCUUGUUUAUGAGCUGCUAGAUGAAAUCCUCGACUUCGGAUACCCCCAAAACACCGAGACGGAUACUCUGAAGAUGUAUAUCACCACCGAGGGUGUCAAGUCCGAACGAACAAUGGAGGACUCGGCGAAAAUCACAAUGCAAGCCACAGGCGCGCUCUCAUGGCGGAAAGCAGACGUGAAAUACCGGAAGAACGAGGCCUUUGUCGAUGUCAUCGAAGAUGUGAACCUGCUCAUGUCUGCAACUGGCACGGUCCUGCGAGCGGACGUCAAUGGCCAGAUCGUGAUGCGCGCAUACCUCUCCGGCACACCAGAAUGCAAGUUCGGGCUCAAUGAUCGAUUAUUACUAGACGGGGACAGCCUCUCCUCUCUCCCAUCCGGGAACCGCAUGGGGACGAAAGCUACAAAAGCAGCAGCAGGGAGCGUCACAUUGGAAGACUGCCAAUUCCACCAAUGCGUCAAGCUGGGCAAAUUUGACACAGACAGAAUCAUCUCCUUCAUCCCUCCCGACGGCGAGUUCGAAUUGAUGCGGUACCGAGCCACAGAGAACGUGAACCUGCCAUUCAAAGUCCACGCUAUCGUCAACGAGGUCGGGAAAACGAAGGUAGAAUACAGCAUCGCGAUCCGCGCAAACUAUGGCAGCAAGCUCUUCGCCACAAACGUAAUCGUCAAGAUCCCCACCCCUCUAAACACAGCACGUAUCACGGAGCGCUGUACGCAAGGCAAGGCCAAGUACGAACCGAGUGAAAAUGUCAUUGUGUGGAAGAUCCCAAGAUUCACGGGCCAGAAUGAGUUUGUGCUGAGCGCGGAGGCGACCUUGACGAGCAUGACGAAUCAGAAGGCGUGGUCGAGACCGCCGCUGAGCUUGAACUUUAGUCUGCUAAUGUUUACGAGUUCCGGGUUAUUAGUGAGGUAUUUGAAGGUUUUUGAGAAGAGUAAUUAUUCGAGUGUUAAGUGGGUGAGGUAUAUGACGAGAGCGGGGUCGUAUGAGAUACGGUAUGCUCCUUUCUUGCGAUAUGAGUGAGAGAUGCUGAUGAAGUUUAGGUUUUAGUUUUGGAGUGCAUGCUGUGGGAAAAGGAGUUUAGGAACAUCAGCACUGCAUUGUGGGCG